UUCCUUUGAACAUGAAAAAUCUGCAGCCCGUUGAGCAUUUUAUUGGAAUUCCCACCAGAUCAAACAGACUCUUGCUUGAUCAUGGUCGCCAUAAUCAUAUAUCUUUUCCUGUCAAUGGAUCAUUGAAGUUCAAUCAGAUAAUAAAUAAAAAGAGGAGACCGACAGAGAGAGCAAUUAAUGCAGCAAAUAACAUUCUAGAGCAUGUAAAACUAGGAUCUAAUAUCAGUGCAAUAGUAAAGGGGAAGUUGGGCUUAGGAGCCAAAAUCCUCAAAAAUGGUGGAGUGGAGAAGGUUUUGAAGCAUAAGUUUAGUGUUGAAAAUGGAGAGAAGAUCUUAAAGGCUUCUCAGUGUUAUAUCUCCACAACAGCUGGUCCCAUAGCCGGUCUUCUUUUCAUCACAACUAACAGGAUUGCCUUCUGUAGUGAAAGAUCUAUCAAACUCCAGUCCCCAAAUGGAAUGUCAGCCAGAGCCCAUUAUAAGGUAACACUUACAGACUUUAAUUCUUUGAAACAAAACAAUCAUUUUAAUAUCAAUACCACUAGGAAACAUAAAAGGCGCAAUCGUGAGCCAAAACUCGGAGAGGCCAUCACAGAAGUACAUUGA